AUGAAUUUGCUUUCACAAUUUAUGAAACCAAAGAAUAAAUUUUCAAUAGAAAAUUUAAGGUACCUUCAUAAUACUUUAAAAAAGAAUCAAAUUAUUACAGCACAAAAUAAAAAUUUAAUUGUAGAAUCACUAAGACAAAUUGCAGAAGUAAUGAUUUGGGGUGAUCAACAUGAUAAUUUAUUUUUUGAUUUUUUCCUUGAAAAGAAUAUAAUGGGAUUUUUCAUUCAAUUUUUAGCACAGAAAACAUCAACAGAAGUAACAAUUCAAUUAUUACAAACUUUAAGUAUUUUAGUAGAGAAUUUAAGAAAUGAAAAUUCAAUUUACUUUUUAUUAUCAAAUAAUUAUAUUAAUGAAAUUAUUAUUCAUAAAUUUGAUUUUUCAAGUGAGGAAGUUUUAGAUUAUUUUGUAUCAUUAUUAAAAGCAUUAUCAUUAAAAUUGGAUAAAAGCACAGUAAACUUUUUCUUUAAUCAUGUUGAAAAAGAUUUCCCACUUUAUACAGAAGCUAUUAAAUUUGUAAAUCAUAAAGAAACAAUGAUUAGAAUUGCAAUUAGAACUUUAACAUUAAACAUUUUUAAAGUUGAAAAUAAAGAAAUGAGAGAAUAUAUUAUAAAUUCAACAGCAGUACCAUAUUUUUCAAAUAUAGUUUGGUUUAUUAGAAGAAAUUGUAUGUCAUUAAGUAAGGUUUUAGAAAAGAGUAAUCAUGAUAGUUCAUAUCAAUUAAAGGAUUAUAUGGAUGAAUUGACCGAUCAAUUCUAUUAUUUACAUGAUAUAUUUAAUUUGGGAUUCGAAUCUAUGAAUAUAGUGUUGGCAGAACAAUUUAUACAAUAUUUAAUUUAUCCAGUAUUCAUUGGUAGUUUAAUUGACCCAUUGAAAAAUCCAGAUUUAGAGGAUAGAAUAACACCAACAUUAGCAUUAUAUCUAUUGGCUCAUGUUUUUAAUAUAUUUUCAUUCAAGCCUUUAUUGGACACGAUUUCAAGUGCCCUACUUACAGCCACUCAGAGUCAAGCUCAACUAUUUACAAGUGCCACAACUGCACCGCCACCAUUAUCAACUAUAGCUUCAAAUCGUAGACAUUAUAAUAGUUUUAGAAGGUUCUCUUCAUUUCCAAAUUUAGAAUCUUUGGAAGCAAUGAAAAACGAUGGUAUCACUAGCAUUUCAGAUACUGAUGGUCGUAUUGGUGCAAGUGGUCGUCUAUUAAAUAAUACGAGUACCGAUGAAGAUUCACCACCAAAUAGUGGUUUUAAACCAUCGAAUUCAGUACAAUCUACUUCAUCCUCACCUUCAACUCCAAAGAAAUAUCAACAACAAUUCUCUAGAUUAUUUGGUUCCUCUAGAAAACCUUUACCAACUACCCCAUCUUCAUCACCAAAACCUUCAACCACAAGUUCUAUUACUACUUCAACCACUACAACUACUCCAACCACUACUAUCACUACAACUACAACAACAACUACUACAACAAUUACACCAUCAAGUUCGCCAUCAAAACAAAACUUAUCAAGUUCAAUUGAAAGUACAAAUAGUUUAAAUAAUAAUAAUAAUAACAAUAAUAAUAAUACCACUGCCAAUAAUGAUAAUUUGGAAUCAACUCAACCAAAAGAAGAUAAUUUACCAACAAUAACAGUAUUAAAUUUAAAUUCACCAAAUGAAAAUUCUACUAAAGAUGAUAAUAAUAAUAAUAAUAAUAAUAAUAAUAAUAAUAAUAAUAAUAAUAAUAAUAAUAAUAAUAAUACAACACCAACACCAUCAACACCAACUAGAAAGAGAUUUAAAUUUAAUAGGAAUGAGUUUAAAGAAUCUUUAUUACAUUUAAUAGGUAGUGAUAGAGAAACAUUUGGUAUUGUAAUUAUGUUAUACUCAUUUUUAAAGAAUCAACAUAUUGAUAAAAGAAUUUUAGAGAAAGGAGGUAUGUUACCAUACCGUUUAGCAUUAUUAGAAGGUUUAUUAUCACCAGAAACAAAUAAUAAUAAUAGUAAUAAUAAUCACCACCAUCACCAUCAUCACCACCAUCAUCAUUCAAAAACAACAGUAACAAGUCCAAAUAAUCAACAGCAACAACAACAGGUUAGCCAUAGUACUGGUGGUAUUAAAGGACAAAAGAAUAGUAAAAUGUCAGCAUCAUUACCAAUCAAUAUUGGACAUAAUAGAUCUAGAUCGGAAUCACAUGCAAAAUCAUUACUUUUCAAUCCAAACCUAUAUGAUACUGUAACCCUUGAAGAACGUUCAUUAUUUAAAACACCAUCACCUGGCUCAUCAUCAUUAUUUGGUGAGUUGGAGAUUGAAACAAAUAAAACUGAUGAAGGUGGUGAUGAAAAAGAUGAAUAUGAUGAUGGAGAUGAUGAAUCAUCUGUAAACAUUAGAAUUAAAUCAUCAAAACAUAAUAGUAUAAAUAGUAGUGUUGAUAGUACUAUUGAUUUAAGUAAAAAUAACAAUAAUAAUAAUAAUAAUAAUAACAAUAAUGAAAAUAAUAAUAAUGAUAAUAAUAAUGAAAAUAAUAAUGUAAAUAAUAAUAAUAAUAUAAAUAAUAAUAAUAAUGAAGAAUCAGAAGAAGAAGAAUUUGUACCAGUACCAGAAUCAAGUCAAAAAGAUUUUACAAGAAGAUUAAUUAAUGCAUUAUUUAUGGUAUUAGUUAAUAGUAAUCAAUUUAGAUUGGUUACAUUACAAAUGACAUUAUUGAUAUUGAAAGAAUUAGUUUAUUCAUCAGAUUCCUCAUCAAAGUUAACAGAGACACAAGCAUUACUUUUGGAGCAAGCAUAUAUUACAGUUACAGAUAAUUUAAAGGAAUGUUUAAGUGGUCCGUUGUCAGAGGUGUUUUUAGAAAUUUUCGAAGAGGAGUUAAGAUCGUAUAAACAAAUCAUUUUCGAAAGUUUAAUGGAGGAUGUUUCAUUGAUUUUACCAAUACCACAGAAACCAGUUAGUAGAUUAUCAUUAUCUCAUCGUUUACCAUCGGGUGAGUUGGAAAGAACUCAAAAAGCAGUUCAACAAUUUUUGGUUUUACGUGAGCUUAAAUUCACUCUCCUUAGAAAGAAAGAUACAAUGUUGCCAUUGAAACAACCACCAACUCCAAUGGUGAAAGAGAAAUAUUUAUUCAAUUUAGAAACUGGCGUUGUAGAGAGCAGUUAUGAUAUCAUCGAGUAUCACCACUUUGAGAAGGUUUCAGGUCCAACUCCACCACCACCAUCUGGCACACCAAGAAAGAGGUUUACACACUAUGGUGUUUUAUUUCAUAAUUUAUUAUUGGCUGUUGAUCCACCACCUUCAAUAUCAUCGUCAUCGUCAUCAUCAGCAUCAACAAGUGGUAGUGGUACACCAAAUUCAAGCAUUGGCGGUACUGGUGGUGGUGGAGGUGGUGGUAUGGGUAGCGGCACUGGUGGUACAAGUAGUCCAAAUCCAUCCAACAUAAUUGGUGGAACCAACAACAAAGGUAUUUAUGGUACAAUUGUUCAUAUCGCACCUUUACAAAGAUUGGAGAUUGAAACAUCACAUCGUGAUCCAUCAAUUUUACGUGUUACCUCUCAUCCAACCACUUGGAAUGUUGAAAUGGUAUUCGACGAUUCAACUCAAUGUUCAAAGGCAAAACAAAUGUUGGAAAGAGUUCGUGAUGAUGUUAGAGCAACUAAAAUGCGUCAAAUCUAUGCAUUGUUGGGUGAAAAGGAUCCAGAUGAUGAUUCUGUACCACCUCAAUUAAACUAUGGUAAUAUGGUUGAAAGAAAUCCAACCAAUAGUGAUCAUGAUAGUAAUACAACACUAAAUAAUGAACAUAAUCUAUUAAGUAGUAAUAAUAAUGGUGAAUUUUCAACUUCAAUGUCAAAUACACCACCAUCAAGAGUAAUAACUCCAAUUGAUACAUCAAAUUCUCAUCCAUUAGCAAAUAUUUUAGGUAGUGAUGAUAAUAUUAGUUUUGUAAAUAAUAAUAAUAAUAAUAGUAAUAAUAAUAAUACCAAAAAAACUACAUCAACAGUUAAUACACCAAUUUCAACACCACAUAAAUUAAAGAAAGGUAAUAGAGGUUCUUCUUCAAAUUCUUCAUUAAAUGAUUCAAUUUUACCAACACUUGAAGAUCAUCUUAGAAAAACUGUUAGUCCAAAAGUUGAUAUGUUUAAUACUUCAUUUUUUGAUGAUACUUUAGAUUUAAAAGAAUUAAUAUCUACUGAUGAAUUAAAUAAUGGAAACAAUAAUAAUAAUAAUGAAGAUAAUAAUGAAAAUCCAUUUUCAAAUAUUAAAAGAAAUUCAAAUGAAGUUAAAGUUGGCCAACCAGUACAACAAGAAAUUGAAAAAGAAAAAGAAAAAGAAAAUAUUAUUGGUGAAGAUGUUGAAAAAGAAACUUCAAUUGAACAAAAAGAAAUAAAAAAAGAUGAAAAUGACAACAACAAUAUAGUUGAAAAAGAAGAAGAAGAAAUUAAAGAUGAUAAUAUAAAAGAAGAAAUAAAACAAGAUGAUAGUAAUAAUAAAGAAAUUAAUAAUGAUAAUAGUACUACUAAUAAUAAAGAAGACGAAGAAGAAGAAAUUAAAAAAGAUAAUAAGGAUGAAGAAAAUAUUGUUAAUAUAGAACAUAUAAAUGAAAAAGAAGUACAAGAACAACAAACCGAAGAACAAGUCGAAGAAAUUAUAAAAGAAUCUGUUGAUAUUAAAGUAGAAUCAGAUAAUAAUUAA